AUGUCUCUAUACGUGGACGUGCACGACUCAAUGCAGAACGAGCGCCUUCACAUCAGAGCAACCAAUCUCGCACCAAACGGCAUCUACAAACUAGUGUUGAGGCUCAAACACAAAUUCGGGACUCACAUGUCCUAUGCGGUCUUCAAAGCAGACUCGGCCGGUGAGAUAGACGUUCCGACAGCGACACCGCUGAGAGGAUCCUACAGCGAAGCUGAUCCGAUGGGACUCUUCAUGAGCGUCGAGCCAUGCGAGGAUUUUCCAUUCGGUAUCUAUUUAAGAUGCACUCCACCGCUACCAUUUGUCUACAAUUUGAUUCUGCUGGACUCCGGCGAUCGUGAACUAGCAAUGGUGCCGAUCAAAAAGCAUUGGAUGCAUCCAAAUUUAGAACGAAUCGAAAUCGAGGAGGACGGCUUCUGCGGAACUUUGUUCAAGCCACCUGGGAAUGGUCCUUUUCCGGCAGUUAUCGAUAUUUCCGGAACUGGUGGAGGUCUCCAUGAGCACAAGCCGCUCAACUGCCUACUUCAGAAGCCGAUCAAAUGGUUGAAGAGGCAGUCAUUCACUACAGACCGGCUCGGCAUCCAGGGCGUAUCCUUUGGUGCCACCAUCGUUCUUGUCCUAGCGACGCGAUUUCCUCAGCUGGAUGCUGUUGUUGCCAUAAAUGGUCCUCAUGUGCUGACUGACUAUGCGACUCUCAAGGAAAAUGGAAAGCCAAUUCCUCAAGCACAGCUCGCCAAUGAUCGAAUCCGUUUUAUCAAUGGAGUUAUGGCAUCCGACAAAAUGUUUCAUUACUCCACUUUCGACGAGACAAGCGAAAUACCGUGGCAUCGGACCUCACCCCACACUUCAUUCCGUAUCGUGGCAGCUGUUGACGAUCUCGCCGCCCCUUCCCUUUUCUGUGGUCGGUACGUGACGAAAAAAUUGAGGGAUAUUGGACGAGACGUUGAGAUCCAACUUGUGAAUGGAGGUCACUUCAUGGAACCACCCUAUUUUCCUCAUCACGGUGCUGUUUACGCCAAGUUUCAGGAAGUGAUUUCUAUUUUCGCACUCAAGAUGUCCCUCUACGUGGACGUUCACGACUCAAUGCAGAACGAGCGCCUCCACAUCAGAGCAGCUCAUCUCGCACCAAACGGCAUCUACAAACUAGUGUUGAGGCUUAAACACAAAUUCGGGACUCACAUGUCAUAUGCGGUCUUCAAAGCAGAUUCGGCCGGUGAGAUAGACGUUCCGACGGCGAAACCUCUUAGAGGAUCCUACAGCGAAGCUGAUCCGAUGGGUCUGUUUAUGAGCAUUGAACCAUGCGAGGACUUUCCAUUUGGUGGCUAUUUGAGAUGCACUCCUCCGAUACCAUUUAUCUACAAUUUGAUCAAUUUCAUGGUAAAAAUGCCACUUUAUGAUCUUUCAGUCUGUUGGACUCCGGUGAUCGUGAACUGGCGAUGGUACCGAUCAAGAAAGCAUUGGAUGCAUCCAAAUUUGGAACGAAUAGAGAUUGAGGAAGACGGAUUCUGCGGAACUCUAUUCAAGCCUCCUGGAGAUGGACCUUUCCCGGCGGUUAUCGAUAUCUCUGGAACAGGUGGAGGUCUCCAUGAGCACAAGGGAUCAAUGCUGGCGUCGGAAGGUUUUGUUGUGCUGUGUGUAGCGUUCUUCCAAUACAAAAAUCUCGUCGAAACACUUUCAGAAGUGGACCUGGAAUAUUUUGAGAGGCCUAUCAAAUGGAUAAAGCGGCAACCAUUCACCACAGAUCGCCUCGGUAUUCAAGGCGUCUCCUUUGGUGCCACUAUCGUUCUUCUUCUAGCGACACGAUUUCCACAGGUUAGUUCUAACAAUCCAGAGUCGAGAGGUCAUUCUGAGGAU